CUUUCUUUAAGGUUUCAUGUCGCUGCUAGGGUUUUAGCGAUCACCAUAUUCACACACACAGUCGGAGAGAGAGUGUGAGAGAAAUUUAGAGAAGAUGAAGACAAUUCUGUCAUCAGAAACCAUGGAUAUCCCCGACGGCAUCACCAUCAAGGUGAAGGCAAAGCAAAUCGAAGUUGAAGGACCAAGGGGAAAGCUUGUGAGAAACUUCAAGCAUCUCAAUCUCGAUUUCCAGCUGAUCAAGGACGAGGAAACUGGACAGAAGAAGCUGAAGGUUGAUGCCUGGUUUGGAUCUCGAAAGGCUACUGCUUCUAUCCGUACCGCUCUUAGCCAUGUUAAUAAUCUCAUCGUUGGUGUUACCAAGGGAUACAGAUACAAGAUGCGUUUUGUGUAUGCUCACUUUCCAAUCAAUGCCUCCAUCACCGGAGGUAACAAGUCCAUUGAGAUCCGUAACUUCCUUGGCGAGAAGAAGGUUAGGAAAGUUGACAUGCUUGAUGGAGUAACAGUUGUUCGAUCUGAGAAGGUUAAGGACGAGCUUGUGUUGGAUGGAAAUGACAUUGAGCUCGUUUCUCGCUCUGCUGCCCUCAUUAACCAAAAAUGCCAUGUGAAGAACAAGGAUAUCCGAAAGUUUCUUGAUGGUAUCUAUGUCAGUGAGAAGGGUAAAAUUGUUGAAGAAGAAUGAGUAUUUUAGAAGUAGACAUGUUGGUGAUGGACCAUAUCCCAAAUGCUCGUUUUACCAUUUCUUUCAAGUUUUUUUGGAGACCAUAUAUUACAGACUUGUUUGAAUUUCAGUUUUCUAGUUCUUGUGUUGAAAUUUUGUUGACAAAGUGGCCUUGGUGGUUCUUUCAAUUACACCAAAUGUUUCUGUUCUCGUUAUCUUUGAGUGAAAAUUGUUAAAUCCCAAGUUGCAACUA